GGGUCUUGAGGGGAAGGACAGGGAGAACGGCGGUGAUGCAGGAAGGACUGUAGCUUUAAUUUCACAGGUUCAAGCCCGAUGCACGGCCCGCAGUCCGCCUGCACAGAGGACAUGAGAGUCAGUUACACGCAGGCUUUCCUGUGAGAGAUAAUAAUAAUAAGGCAUCAUCACCUCAUCCUUGGGGCGGAUCACUUUCGGACACACUCCCAGGCAACACUGAUCCCACAGCCUGCACAUGGAAAAGUAGCCUAGUCAUUCCAUUUUUUCUCACUGAACACACAAGUUGUAAGUCGCAUCCAGCUGGAGGAUAUUUGGACACCUCUUCCCGUCAUUUGAUUAAGUCUCCAUCAUGAACUACCUGCGUCGACGACUCUCGGACAGCAAUUUCAUGUCCAACCUGCCCAAUGGCUACAUGACGGAUCUCCAACGCCCCGACCCGCCGCAGCAAAGCCCCGCAGUGUCGCCAGGGCCGUCAGAGAGGCGCCAGUCCACCAGCCAGCCGCAGCCUGCAGGUGGAGGCUCCGGCUUCUUCUCAUCCAUAUCCAAUGCUGUCAAACAGACCACAGCUGCUGCGGCUGCGACCUUAUCCGAGGCAGCGGACCGGGCAGGAGUCUCCAGCAGUGCCAAGAUCCUCCUGGUUAUCGACGACCAGCAGACCGACUGGGUAAAGGUCUUCAGAGGAAGAAAGGUCCACGGUGAAUAUGACAUCAAGGUAGAACAGGCCGAGUUCUCUGAAAUCAACCUGGUGGCCGAUUCCACAGGUACCUACAAUGUGGACAUUGAUGCGUUCAGGAAUGGGCAUAAGGUUACUAGAUCCUUUAAGCCAGACUUUGUGCUGAUCAGACAGCAUGCUUUCAGCAUGGACAAGAAUGGAGACCACCGAAACAUGGUGAUCGGACUGCAGUAUGCUGGACUGCCAAGCGUUAACUCUUUGCACUCUGUCUACAAUUUCUGUGACAAGCCAUGGGUGUUUGCUCAGAUGUCUAGACUCUUCAAGCAACUUGGCCCAGAGGAGUUCCCACUGAUUGAACAGGUUUACUAUCCAAACCACAAGGAGAUGAUUACCUCCCCUCGGUUCCCUGUAGUGGUAAAGAUGGGCCAUGCUCACUCAGGAAUGGGAAAGGUGAAAGUGGACAAUCAAUAUGAUUUUCAAGAUAUUGCCAGUGUUGUGGCACUGACCAAGACCUACGCCACAUCUGAGCCCUUCAUUGAUGCAAAGUAUGAUGUCCGCAUCCAGAAGAUUGGCGACAAUUACAAAGCUUACAUGAGAACAUCAAUUUCGGGAAACUGGAAAACCAACACGGGCUCAUCUAUGCUUGAGCAGGUGGCCAUGUCAGACAAGUACAGAAUGUGGGUGGACUCUUGUGCUGACAUCUUUGGAGGGUUGGAUAUCUGUGCAGUGGAGGCUCUACAUGGUAAAGAUGGAAAGGACUACAUUAUAGAGGUUGAUGACUGUUCGAUGCCACUGAUUGGGGAUCAGCAGGAUGAGGAUCGCAUUCAGAUUGCAGAGUUGGUGAUUUCCAGGAUGAACCAGACUGUUCCACUCACUACAAGCUCUUCCACAGUCCGUGCAACAGCAGGACAGCCAACCCAGAAGGCAGUGUCUCCUCAGCCUGUCUCCCAGCCCAAAGUACCACAGGCUCAACCGCGCCCCUCACCUCAGGGUGGUCCUCAGCAAAGUCCCCCAUCUCAGCAGCGCCCACAGCCUCAAGGUCAACCUCCUGCACAGGCCCAGCAAUCUGCUGCAAGCCCUGCUACUGGUGACCCUAGUGCCCAGGCUAAGGCUAACCAAGGACCUGCACCCCAGCCACGGCCACCAGGUCAGGGGGCUCCUCAAGGCCAGAGACCUGCUUCUGGUCAGGGCUCUCCCCGAAGCCAGGGAGGUUCACCUCAAGCUCAGAGGCAACAGUCUGUCUCUCAGCAGCAGCAGAAAUCGUCUGCUGGAGGCCCUGGCCAGAAACCUCAAGCAGGCCAACCAGGGCAGCAGAGGCCUGCCCAGCCCCCUAGGCAGCAGUCACAGGGGGGUGCACAGCAACAGAGGGCUCCUGGCCAGCAAGGUCGUCCUGGACCACCCACCACCCAGCAGCCCCGACCUGCAGCUCAAGGACAGGGGGGCCCAGGAGGACGACCCCCGCUGCAGCAAAAGCCUCAACCCCCACAGAAGCCAAGUCAGGACAACCCGGCUAUGGGCGGUUCUCCACAACUAAACAAGUCCCAGUCUCUUACCAAUACCUUCAACAUUCCAGAAACCCCAGCGCCACGAGCCAGCCUUAGCCAGGAUGAGGUGAAGGCCGAAACCAUACGCAAUCUACGCAAAUCUUUUGCCAGUCUCUUCUCAGACUGAGACGGCAUAAGCCCCCCUCCCCUCUUCCUGACAGAAAGAUGGACAGACAAACUGAAGGACAGAUUCCCCCAACAAACAAGGACCAACAGGAUGCCGUCUCCAAUUCAUGUGCAUUGACCCUGAUAUGAAAAUGUGCACACUUGUCACACUCACUGCCUAAAAAAUCUUUUAAAAUGAACAAAAAGUAGAACACAGUAAAUUAAGGCACUGAUGUCUGAAACAUUCCUUGCCUCGCCUCAAGCUUAAGUCAUUUACUCAUCGUGUCGCACAAAACAACACCACACAAAAGCCUGUAUAUGCAUGAACACAUACACAAAAAUAAGAAACAAAGCAAAACAAUACUGCUCCCACUUGUUUGUUGGUGCCGUAAAGUCAUUGUGAUCUUUAUGUUUGAAUUUUGGUUGGUUUGCCGACCAACAAAAUAAAUUAAGGGACUGUACGAAAAUUAUUAGGGUGGGGAUGAGUUUUUUUCCUUUUUUUUUGGUUAAAUGUAUUUUAUAACAAAGCAAGGCCCUCAUCAGUGUUAUUCAAUAAAAAUAAGUUAUAGCAAACAUUUCAAAGUAGUGAAAAUAAAGCCGAUCUCUAUUUUUAAAUGAAGAGCUGCUAAGAGCGGCUAUAAAUACAACUUAGAGUCGCAAAAUGGAAGAAGCAACAGCACUGUGCUGAAGGCCUUGUGCACUGCACUAUUUUUACCCUGCCCCAUAUCUUCUGCAUAUGGCAGAAUGCACCUCCAUGACACACAUUAAAAACCUUUUAAAAUCUUUUUUAUUUAACCAUUUUAUAGCCUUUUAUCUAAUUAAUUGUGCAAAUAUAAAAUAUGAAAUAAAAUAAUACAUGGGGUAAAAAAAAAAAACUACCAUUCCUUUAGAAAAAAUAAAAUUACAAUACCCUCCCCACUGUCUGACCUCCACCCCCAAUUUUUGUACAGUCCCUAACUCAGCACAGCCGCGCACAUAGGAUGUCCAGUGUUAAGCUAUUGCUAGAUCUGUUUGAGCUGUUGACCGCUCAUGGUGAUGUCUUAGCUGCAUGCCAACAGGAGGCAAUGGUUGCAUUUUCCAACCCCUGACAUUGGCGCUUGUAACUGUGUUGUCACAUGUAGUUGAAUUAGUUAGUAGAGUAACCUAGUAGGUGUCGUGAGUAUGUUGUUGCUGCCCACUUUUCUUCCCUUUUUAUGUCGCACAAGAACAAACGCCUGAAAGCUCUCCACUUCGUAAGCAUGCCUUACACAGACACGUGCAUCAGAUCAAAUGGAGUUGUCUCAGGGAUGUCCAAUUGAUUGUGACACUUGUAUGUGGGUGAGGGUCUUCCAUUACAGUUUAUUGUGGUUGUUUACCUAUAGUGAAGGAAAAGCAUGCAUUUCAAUGAGGUAGAAUGUUUUUAUUAUUUCAAAUGCAUUUGCACACAGAGUAUACUGCAAAAUUAUACUUGAAUACAGUGGCACUGACUGAUGUAUGAAGUCUAUAUUUUCAGGUUUAUUCGUCUGCCACUUGACAAAGCAACAACUCGGUGGUCCCACCCUGGGGUGCUGCUGUGUCUGUGACAGGUGUAGGAUACAGCAUAGGCAGGGUUGGCAACUGUUCAGGUACAGUUAGUGGAAAAUUAGAUUAUUUACACAGACAGUUUCAUUUCAUAUUCCCUUGAUUUCAAAGCAAUGUAAUGUAAAAACCUCUGACUGUAAACCAGCUACAACUUUAGUGGAUGUAUAGUACGUGGAUUAUGUCAGGGUUUAUCAGUUGGUUAGUGCAUUUGAUUUUGCACUAAAGUAACAUGUAGAGUUUCUGCUUCCAUAAAUGCCUCCUGGUUUUCAACGGGUUCAUGGUCUGUGAGAAGAGGCUUUACAAUAAAGAAUGGAAUAAUGUUAAAGUAUAGGAAUGUCAACUGUGGGAUGCACCUCCGCAGUAGAUUUAGCACUUCUUGUCACCCCUCCUUCGCACAACCCUUUCUUCGAUCACUACUCUGAAAAUCCGAACUGUUACUAAAAAAGGAUUCUGUUUCCAGGCACUAAAAAUGUCUUCCAGAAGGAGUGCUUUCCAUUCGAAUGUUGACGUAGUAUGGCAAUAUCAUGCUUUUUAGAGAAGACCCAAUAGCCAAAGGUAUAAAGGAGUCCUGGUCCCCCUGCAGAUUCUCCAUGCUGCCUGUGUUUAUCAGUCUAUUUGUGUAGCCACAGUGACCCCUUGUGCUCAAUGGUGCAUAAAUGUGUGAAUGUUGUUCUGUAACUGGUCAAACCAAAUAGAUGUGUUGUACAGAGCUCUGAGUGAUGCAGAUCGUCACCUUUAUCUCCUGCUGCUAUUUGUGCUUGUUGAUAUUAUGUGAGUCUCUAAGCUCUUCAGCUUUUGUUUUUAAAACUUUAGCAAUUUUGUUCCAAUUAUUUUGUACAUUCUUCAUUUUUUACUAUGAGGCAGGACUAUCUGGGGCUUGUAUGUUUAUGCAUUAGUGAUUCAGGGCUUCAUUUUUAAAUUUUACAGUGACUCAGUGUCAGUACGUGACUGUCAGAUAUAUUGUGGCACAGCCUACUGCCAAGAAAAUCAGUAAGAGCAGCCUUAUGUAAUUGUUACACUGAGUGUGUAAUUUAUGAAAAUGAGCCAUCAUAAUUAGCAUGGAUGGUUAACUUUAAAAAAUGUCAUUCUGUCACUCAGAGGUUUCUUCGCCAUAUUAAGACGUACCAUUUUCCAUGGCACCUCUUGAGACUGACAGGAUGAGCUGUGACAGCAAUGCAAAGAAAUAGUUUUAUGUAUUUAUGUUUUUGAUAUUCACAGAUUUUUUCUUACAUUAUUUAUAGUGGAUAUAUUUGACCGUGAAUGUACAUUAUUUUCUUUGUUACAGCUAGUUCUAUUGUUUUCUAAAUGCAUUGUAUAAUCAUUGUGAAAAAGAUUAAAUCCUUACAAAUCUGAGUGGAACUGAUUGUCAGUCGAUGCCUGCCGGAUUUAAAAACAUGCAUCAUAAAUGUAAGUGCAAGAAUCAAACAGCUGAGGUUUUUGUUAAUCAAAAAAUAAGAUACUGCAUACUGUAAAUCAUGGUGGAUUAUUGAAUUAAAUGUAAAAAAGAAUAUUUGAUGUUAUAUGCAAUGUAGCUAUAUUAUGUGAAAAUGAGUAUGUUAUUAAAACAUGCACAAAUCUAAUAAAGUCUAUGACCAACA